AUGGCCGACGACGACCGCCGUACCAAACGCUCUCGUUUCGAUCAGACCGAGCCUGAACCGCGCCGGCCUUCUCGAUUUGAUCGUCGUUCUCGCUCCCCUUCCUCGCGACAAUCCGAAACGACUCGCGCUCGCAGUCCUCUCAGUCGAGAAGUGCGCAGUCCCAGCGCCGGCACCCCGAAGACUUCCGCCUCGGAUCCCGCUGCUGCUGCCGCUGCUGCUGCGGCCAAGAUCAACGCCCAAUUGCAAGCCAAAAAGGGAAUCCAGCAUGUGGACGUUCCUCCCAUCCGUUCGACUUCGAGCCCCGCGCCCCAAUCCGGUUCGCCGUCCGGCCCAGAUGCUUCAGGGAAGUUGAACGAGGAGAUAUAUGUUGCCGAUGGUGAUUAUAUUCGGGACAUCGAGAUCAAUGACUUGCGCAACCGCUACACACUGACUAAAGGCUCUACUCAAAAGAUGGUAAUUAAUCCUGUUGCAUCCGCUGAUAUUCCAGGCACCUUUGCUCGCAAAUUGGCUUUUGCUAUGGCCGUUUUCUCUCUUAUUUGCUUUUGUUCUUACAUUCCUCUCACUCGUUUGGUCAUGGCUAAAGCUUACCCGAGAUUUAAUCAUCCAUAG